GUUCCCCGCUGGGCGCGCUGUGCCGCGUUAAGCAGGGCCGUGCAGUGGUUGCUUCUCCUGCUGGAUUCAUCAUGAUAACUCCAGCUUUUGAGCUGAGCCAGGAUCCGGAUUUUCUUACAAUAAUAAUCAAAAUACCUUAUGCCAAAGCUUCAGAGUUUGAUGUAUAUUUUGAAGGGGAAGAUUUUAAGUUUUAUGCAAAGCCUUACUUUCUCAGAUUGACUCUUCCUGGAAGGAUUGUGGAAGAUGGUAGAGAAAAAGCAUCUUAUAAUACAGACAAAGGAAUUUUUACAAUUCAGAUACCUAAGGAGAUUCCUGGCCAAUAUUUUGAGGGACUGGAUAUGCUGACGUCUCUUUUGGCACCAAAGAAGUUAAGAUCAGCAAAACCUUUAGUGGAGGAGAUAGCUGCCUCUGCUCAGUUGUCAGAGGAGGAGGAGGAGGAGGAAGAAUUUGACUGGGAAAUUGAGCAGACCCCUUAUGAAGAAACUGCAGAAAGCACUCUACAACAACAGUACUGCUAUGGAUUUGGGAAUUUGCACUCAGGCGUGUUCGAGCGGCUGCAGGAUGAACUCAGUGAUGUUAUUGACAUUAAGGAUCCAGACCGAGUGCCUGUAAAUGAACGUAGGAGAAAACGCCUGGCAGCUGAGGCUGCCAAGUUUGAUCCUGAUCAUUACCUAGCUGAUUUUUUUGAAGAUGAAGCUAUACAGCAUGUUUUGAAAUACAGACCAUGGUGGGUGGAUGCCCAUAAAAAAAAGAUGGCCUUGCAGGAAGAAAACCAUCAGGAACCUGACAGGCAAACUUUUGUAGUCUUCUCUGAAGAAGAGAGAGAGCAGCUGAGGAAAUUCAAAAAUAAAUCUUAUCUUCUGGAUAAAAGAACCCGUCAUCAUGUGUAUCUCAGUUUAAUUGAUAUCCUUCUGGCAUAUUGCUAUGAAAUCUGUGUCAAUGAAGGAGACAAGAAGGUGGAAUCAUCUUGGAACGUCAGGAAACUGAGUGCAACGCUGUGCUGGCUGGAAAGUUUCACUAGUAUUCAUGAUGUCCUGGUAUCUUUCGGAAGAAGAGUUUUAUGCUAUCCCCUGUACAGACAUUUCACAUUAGUGACACGUGCCAUCGAUGAUACAGUAACGAUACUGCAACUAGGAAAAGGUGCAGUUUUGAAGUGCCUGCUGGAGAUUCACAAGAUUUUUAGGGAGAAUGACCCUUCCUACAUCCUCAACGAUCUCUUCAUUACAGACUAUUGCAUCUGGAUUCAAAAAAUCAAGUCAAAAAAGUUGGCUGUGCUCGCUGAAUCCUUGAAGAAAGCCACACUCACCAAGUCCCACACAGGACUUGAACUGGAAGAGCUGGAAGCAGCAGCAGUGCUAGUACAAGAGGAAGAGAGCAAAUUAAAAGAUGCUGGCACGGUUUCUAAGCAACAGCUGCCUUCCUCUGAGUCGGAGACAAGUGACUCUGAAGAAUCAAGCAGUACUUCAUCAUCUGAGACAGAAGGCUCUGAUUCAGAUGAGCGAGAGUCCUCAACCAGUGAAGAUGGGAAAAUAAAUCCUUUACAAGGCACGCUUCAAGAGGAGAGGGCAGCUCCACUUAUUGACUGUAAUGGAUUAAGGCAGGACACAAACACUUCGAUGUUUGAGGUUAGUGAUGAAAAAUCAAAGGUUUCUUUGCAAUCUACAUCUGUUCCUGGCAAACUGAUAGAAGAAUUAGAAAAGCAAAUGCACACUGCAAUUAGACUUUCAGAGCAGGCUGAAGGAUUGGCUACUGCAAGCUGCGUUGUUUCACAGCAACAAGAAAAUUGUGCAUCUGAACCUGACAGUUUUUCAAAAGAUGCUAUUGGGAAGGGAAACUUCUUGGAAGUGUCUUCAAAGAAAAACCCUUUGCUUUUUCUUUGCAGCACAAACGAAGAUGAAGACUAAAAGACUGUGUUAGAACACACUGUGACCUGUUAGGCAACACAGCUCACUGCUAUCCUGAGCUGCAGAAAAGUUGAUAUUUUUCUUCUUUGGAUGUGUUGACUGUUUGGAGGACAAGACAGCUUUGAAGGAAAUUGAUAGGACUGUAUAAUACCUUCAUAAUUAGUCUUUUAUUUUUCUUCACUCAUACAGCAGAGAGAUUUGAUCUCUGCAUGUGGGAAUCUAACUGCAGUAAACUUCUAGAAACAGUUUUUAUUAAGUUUAUCAGGUGGUAAAAUGAUAUCCCAAUCAAAUACAACUAAAAUCAUCAUUUUGGACAUCUUUAGGUUUAUUUGAGAUUUAUUUGAAAAAAUCCUUGUUAUGUUUGUAUAAACUUGUUCAUGACAUUUUGCUGCAUUUUCUGAUUUUUAAAAUGCUAUAUAGCUAACCACUUCAAAAAUAAUAAUGGUAACUUGAAAAACUUAAAUAUUGCUGUUACAUUUUUAAGAAUGUCUUCUGUUAUACCAAAUAAAGGGAAUGAAUUUAUCAUGUUAAGUGCAAGAUAGAAGGGUUAUAGCUUAUUUCUGUAGUUCUUACGUAAAGUAUUUCAAAAGUUUUGACAUAUGUAUUUAUUUUGUUGUGCUGUUUUUGAAAUGUUUCCAUACAUAUACACCACUGCUAUUUAAAGAAUGAAAGUCUUAAUUAUUUCUUUCUGCAUAUGCUGUUAAUAUCACCGAAGUGAAGAAAUAGUAUGGUACUAGAUCUUGAGUACAGGACUAAAAGCAAAGCUCUUGUGCUGUCUAAACCUAGCUUUGCUGUUGCAUUGCAUAGCUUUGGCCAACUCAUUUGCUUCUUUUUGCGUUAGUAAUGUUAAAUUUUGUGUUGAUUUCUGUUAACUGAGGAUGGAUUCUUGAAAUCAGAUGGCCUCUGCACGUAAUAUAGUGCUAUUCAGUCUCCUUAAAAAGGAUUUUUAGAAGGGGUGGAGGCAUGGAAUACCAGGUUUGGUCCAACAGUCUCUGACCAAACAGGACUGUCAGAUUCGUACCUCUGGAGAGGCAAGUCAUGGUUACUUUUCAACCUUUCUAUAAUAACAAGUAUUUAAAAAAAAAAUCUUAGGCUUAGUCUUAUUUUUCACCAAUGCUACACGCUGCUGGAAAUCAGCAGGCUAGCUCCUCCUGUUCAGUAAGAACUGCAACCCUGAUCUGCCAGUAUUUUUUUAUGCUCUUAAAUACCUACCAGUCGCUUAAUCAGUCUCUGUGCUGUGUUCCCUAGGGGUGGAACCUUUCUCAUCUUGCAUGUCAGUGAGCACUUACUCUCCUAAAUGCUAGCAAUAAAAUCUACACUGUAGGUGCAAUUAUGCAGCAUAUGUCUGAGAAAAGGAUUUUUUUAAAAAGCAACCCCCUGUCUCACAAGUUUCAGGUGUGAACAUUGGUGCUUUCUUUAACUGGGUGAGGGCUGAAGAAAGCUAAACUAAAGCUAAUUCCUGGAUUAGGAAAUACGCAUUGCAAAAAUUGAUAGGCAUAUGUAAUAUCCCUUAUCUUCAGCUUUCUUUUUUUUUUUUUUUUUUGCCUUCUUCUCACUUUGUGGCAGACUAUCAAGGAGAGCUGUUUGGUUUUUUUUCCAGCAGAUCUGCUUGCUUUCAGGUUCUGGCUGCCUCUUCUAGAGUCAAGUCAAUGUUUUUGAUUAAUCCUUUUGUUCUUUCCUUCUGAAGUCUAAAUGCAUGGUUUAUUUAUGCGAGAUUUGAGCCUUUUCCGUCAUGGCUAUGUGAGCCCCAUUUGGGUGUAAAUACCCAUCUAUACAACGUAGCGCCACAGUAAAUUCCAUACGGGAACGUAGCGCGCAGAUGUUAACUCACAGAUAACUAGCUGUCACUGUAGUCACCUUUGAGGCCUUGCAUAGUUGAGCUGUCUCCUCAAACGUGAUAGCUCUGCAGUGUGCUGUCUUUCCUUCUGCCUCUGCUCCCUGCUGUUCCUCUCCAUGUCCGCACCUGGGACAGGCUGUGAUGUGUUGUACCCUAAGUCCCAUUUUCGUGCACAGUUUUCUUCAGUUUUCAUCCAUUUUUGGCAGCCAUCAUUGCCCUUUUGCAAAACUCUGUUUCGUGGUAGUGGAGCUGAUAAUGUUUUUUGUUUGUUUGUUAAAGGCAUCGCUAGCAAUUUUAUGAAGACUGUAGUGGUGGUAUGGGAAGUUUUUCCAUAUUGGAUGGUGAGUUUCCUGUGUGGCUGUGUUGUCCCAUUCAAGUUAGAGGUAGUGGUUAUUAUGUGUCCAGAGUGCUGCUCCAAAUGAGUGCCAUCCUCGUGAAUGAGAAGCCUUAAAGAGAACAUAAAGGAGCACAUUUACAAGAAAACUGGAGCACCUUAACUUUGUUUCUCCAUAAAGGAGACUUGCUUAAUCCAUGAACUACAAACACUUGGAAAAAAUACAAACAAACCCCCAAAAGCCUGAAUCCUGUACCAGUAAGUAAGCUGCUGUGGGUCCUCCUAGAGGAUGUGAACAGACUCCAGUAAGGAGUCAAUUAUCUAGAGCAGCCGUGUGGAUGAAUUUAUAGGAGUUUGGUCCUAGCAUGUCUUCCAGGCUGGAAAUGGGUUAACAGAUCUGAGGAGGUCAGUACAUGGCUAGUCUGGUCUAUUGGUUUUAAAGCUCCCUGUUUCAACUCCCCGUGUUCCCCCUGCCCCUUAUUUAUGGCAUAAAGCGAUACUUUGUUUUAAGGUAACUGUUGCUCAUAACUGUAAUCAGUCCUAAGGGAACAGACUUGCAGCAUCUCGGCAGAAGUCCUGGGGAAAGUAACUUGUAUUUAAAUAUGAGCUAAGCCUAAGUGGAAGAGCUGUGAGAUUUUGCUGGAGGAGGAGAAAGUGGGUGGGUUAUCUGAGGGGUGCAGGGUGCUCUGGGGAAGAGAUCAAAUUGAGUUAUCGAUGUGAUUUGUCUAUUUUUA